AUGCAGUUACCAUUCGUAUUAUCUUCCUUGUUGCUUCUCACCUCCGUCCGAGCCGUAGAUGCAUCACCAACUACGAAAUCAACAGACAAAUUCCAAUGGUCGUCCAAAAAAGGCUUGAUUGCAUUUGGAGAUUCAUAUACCUACGUCCAAGGAACUCACGGGCACCAAAACUACAGCUUCAUUGGAGAUGCUUUCGAUUUUGCCUUCGACGAGCAGACUCUACUCUCCAAUAAGAUCGUACAAAAUCAAACAGCAACAGCCGAAGGAGGCCCAAAUUGGGUAGAAUAUCUCACAGACUGCGGCGUCAAACCAGGCCUAACCUCACCCCGAACCUGCAAAAAGCAACUAUGGGAUUUUGCAUUCGCAGGUUCUGACAUUUCCACCCAUUAG